AUGGAUGAUGAUGACUUUGGAGGAUUUGAGGCAGCAGAGAGUUAUGAGUGUGGAAAUGGUGAAAAGCAGACUACAUCCCCUGCUAUUGCUUGGGCAGCAUUUCCUACAGUAUCUGAAGUCCAUGUAUCUCCUGAUGUUCUUCUUGAGCACUCUGUGCCUUCUUCCUGCCAAAUCCCUGAUGAGACUUUGGUGGAUCUGUCUGCACUGACUGAAACAGCCAACAAUGUUAUAAACCCAACUGUCCUGGAGGAACAGAUUCAGUCAGAUAUUCCGGUUGCCUCUUUGAAUGUGACAGAAGACAAAACCUUGGUUACAUCAAACAUUGCUUUGGUUGAUGCUGAGACACAGAAAGCAAAUGAACCAAAGAGCUACCUUCAACAAGCUGUUGCAAACCUAGAAAUCAAGCUUUCAACUGCCGAAGAAGAAAAAUUAAAUAUUAAAAAGGAAUUAGAAUGUUUACUGGAAAAACAUAGUGUUCUAGAAAUGGAUUUCUUGAAAGAAAAAAAAAAAGAAGUAAUUUCACAUAAGGAUGAUUACAAGAAGCUCCAGGAGAAGCAUAAGCAGGAAUUAGAAGACAUGAGAAAAGCUGGACAUGAAGCCUUGAGUAUUAUUGUUGAAGAAUUUAAGGCACUGCUACAAUCUACAGUUCAACAGCAAGAAGCGGCUAUUGAAAAACAGUAUAUACAAGCAAUUGAAAAGCAUUCUCACAAAUGUGAAGAACUUCUCAAUGCUCAGCAUCAGCGACUUCUUGACAUUUUGGAAGCAGAGAAAGAAUUGUUGUCAGAGAAGAUAGAAGAAGCUUUGAUGCAGCAGUCACAAAAACAGAAGGAAGUACUUGACAAAUGUUUGGAUGAGGAAAGACAAAGAAGUAAAGAAGCUGUGGCGGCUGCUGCAAAGGCUGAAAAAGAAGUAGUGCAGGAGGCUGUUCUAAAAGCAGUAGAGGAGGAGAGAAGAAAGAUGGAGGAGAUUCAUGCAGAAGAAAGAAAAAUGUGGGAAGCAGAAUGUGACAGACACAAAGAGGAGAUUGCUGAGGCUGUUUCAGAAGCCAUGCAAGAGCAAAGAAAGCGUAAUCAAGAAAUUGUCAAAGAAGCAUUAAUGGAGGAGCAAAAACGAAGUGAAAAGGCAAUUGAAGAAGCAGUGAAAAGAACAAGAGAGGAACUGAUGGAGUAUAUUAAAGAGCAGAAAAGGCUGGAUGAAGUUGUCCGUCAGAGAAAUUUGUGCAGUUUGGAACUUUUCCUCUCUUGUGCCCAGAAACAGUUAAGUGUUUUAUUAAAGGAAGAGCCAACCACUACAGAGGAAAACAGAGACUGA